AUGGCCGAUGAAGCAUACACGCGAGAGCGGGAGCUUAUACGAGAGUUUCUUCAGACAUUCGAAGGGAGAGACGGCAGCCCACAUUACCGGCGCGCGCUGCAAAAAGUUUUGGACCGCCAAAGUUGUUGCGUGGACAUCGAUUUGCAGGACGUGAAAGAGUUUUGCGGGGCACUUGAAGAGCGCGAGGAACUCUUAGACCGGAUCACGUCGAAUUGCAAACGCUACGCUACUUUAUUUGCGGAAGAAAUUGACGGAUUGAUAAAAAACCUGGCGUCUUCGAGUGCUUCACUCUCUGAAGUCGGUGAAGAUGAUCUAGACGUGUUUCUGCAGCGGCAUUCCGAUGAUAUUGGCGAGCGAAGCGAAAAUCCAGCACCCGAAGUGUUACGACGUGCAUUUGAUGUUUUCUUCAAACCCCUGAAAGGAACUAAAUCUCUCAAGAUGCGCGACAUACGGGCUAAUAUGAUAGGGCACUAUGUCACUUUCAAAGGCAUGUGUACACGGAUAACUGAUGUGAAGCCGCUCAUCAAGGUAGCCUGCUAUACAUGUGAAGGUUGUGGACACGAGUACUUCCAAGAAAUCAAUGGCAACGAAUUCAUCCCGAAGCAGUUCUGCCAAUCGCAAACUUGCAACAAAAAGUUUGCACUAUUCAUUGAAACACGGGCGUCAAAAUUUGCAAAAUACCAGGAGGUCAAAGUGCAAGAAAUGUCAGAAGACGUGCCGAUCGGUCACGUUCCUAGGUCAAUGUCGAUAUCACUGAUCGGUGAAAUGACUAGAAAGCUUGCUCCGGGAGAUACAAUUGAUAUCAGUGGAGUUUUCCUACCACGUCCAAGUGUUGGAUACUUGGGCAACUCAAGUCUUGUUUCGACCACAUACUUGUAUGCAAUGUCGGUCACACCGCAUAAGUCGAAGACAACUAGCUCGGAUGCGACUCCGGAGGUGCUGGAGAGGCUGCAUAAGCUCAGAGAAACCCCAGACAUAUACACGCACUUAGCAAAAUCUAUUGCCCCUGAAAUUUAUGGCCACGUUGACAUAAAAAAAGCUCUUUUACUGUUGCUAUGUGGUGGAGUAACGAGAACACUCCAAGAUGGUGUCAAGAUUCGUGGUGAUGUUCAUGUUUGUCUUAUGGGCGAUCCCGGUGUUGCCAAAUCCCAGCUGUUGAAACAGAUAGUCUCUAUUGCAACUCGCGGAGUUUAUACAACUGGGCGGGGCAGCAGUGGUGUAGGUCUUACAGCGUCAAUUCAAAGAGAUAACAUUACAAGCGAAUUAGUGCUAGAAGGUGGUGCGCUCGUACUAGCUGAUAAAGGUAUAUGCUGCAUAGACGAAUUCGAUAAAAUGGAAGAAAGCGAUCGAACGGCUAUACAUGAAGUCAUGGAGCAGCAAACCGUCAGUAUCGCGAAAGCUGGGAUAACCACAACUCUAAAUGCACGAACAACAGUCCUCGCAGCAGCAAAUCCGGCAUUUGGUAGAUACAAUACAGCUGCUACACCCCAGGAGAAUAUUAAUCUACCGGCGGCACUCCUAAGUAGGUUUGAUUUGAUGUGGCUUAUUUUGGACGUUCCUGAUCCCGACUCUGACAUUGAACUGGCUCGCCAUGUUAUGAGCGUACAUCGCGAAGGUCGCCCACCGUCCACAAGUUUUGAUCCAGUCUCAACCUCUGAACUGCGAGCUUACAUAGAUGUCGCGCGGCAUUUUGACCCUUACAUCCCGGAAGACCUUGCAGACGACAUCGCCAGUGCAUAUGCCGGUAUUCGUCAGGUUGAAGAUGAAGCUGGAAGUGAGGCGACUGGUUAUACCACCGCUCGUACGCUACUAUCUAUCAUUCGACUUGCAGAAGCUCUCGCACGGCUCCGUUGGGCACCUAUUGUCUCCGGGAAAGAUAUCGAACAGGCACUCAACCUGAUGAAGAUGUCGAAGGCGAGUCUAGAAAUUCACAAGUCGUCAACAGCACUACGCUCGGAUCCCGUCGAGAAUUUGUAUUUGCUUCUACGGAACUGGGCUAGUGAUCACUCGAAUCAAUUCAUAAGCGCUUCUAUAGUUCGUCAGCUGGCGACGAAAAGUGGCUUAUCAGGUGUCCUUGAUGCUUGCAUGAGUGAGUAUACGGCUCUCGGGGUGUGGGUUAUGGACAGUGACAGCAACAUAACGUUCGUAGACUAGUUCUAUGCCAAAUCUACUCUUAGAGAAACAAUCUUCUGAGCAUCACUCUCUGAUAGUUUCCACGAAGACUGAUGCCUCAUAUCAACCAGAUAAUUUUCAACUUCGUUUUGAGUCUCUGCACUCAAUACGACACUAAGUUGUGUAAGACGUGCAAAAUUUUCUCUCACUCGAAAACUGCUCGCACCCGAUAGCCCAGAAAUCAUUACUCGUAGUUCUCGCUCGAACUUUAAAGCACCUAAAUGAUUAAAGCUUAAACGCGUUUUCACAAUAUUUUCCAGUCGUGUCGAUAAGCCUUCGCUUGCGAGCUGGAUAAAGAGCUCAGAACUU